CAUUCCUCAUUUAUUCCGUGAGAAAACCUCUGCCGAGCUUCUGCUCUGCUCCGGCCGAGGACGCGGUGGUGGAAAGAGCAGCUCGCGGGCGCCCGUCCUGGCGCAGGAGACAGACGAGAAGCGGACGAGGCAGAAGGUGGUCGGAAAAGCCUCGGGGGAAGACAGAAACAAUCUCCGCCAGUCAAGAGACGCUCAUGAGUGUUUUGCCAUGGAUAUAGAAGAUGAAGAAAACAUGAGUUCCAGCAGCACCGACGUUAAGGAAAAUCGCAAUCUGGGCAACAUGCCCCCCCGAGAUGGCAGCCCGCCCAGGCCCGGGGAGGGGGCGCAGCUCCCCAACGGGGGCAGCAGGAAGCGGGCGCUGGAGGACGGCAGCAAUGGCCACCCCAAGUUCCGGCUGAAGAAGCGGCGGCGGACGCCGGGGCCGGUGCUGCCCAAGAACGCGCUGAUGCAGCUCAACGAGAUCAGGCCGGGUUUGCAGUACACCCUGCUGUCCCAGACGGGGCCCGUGCACGCGCCGCUGUUCGUCAUGUCGGUCGAGGUGAACGGACAGGCCUUCGAGGGCUCCGGCCCCACCAAGAAGAAAGCCAAGCUGCACGCGGCGGAGAAGGCCCUGCGGUCCUUCGUGCAGUUCCCCAAUGCCUCCGAGGCCCACCUGGCCAUGGGGCGGACCCUCUCGGCCAACACCGACUUCACGUCCGACCAGGCCGACUUUCCCGACGCGCUGUUCAACGGCUUCGAGACCCCCGACAGGCUGGACGCGCCGUUCUUCGUGGGUGCCAACGGGGACGACUCCUUCGGCUCCAGCGGGGACCUCAGCGUGUCCGCGUCCCCUGUCCCCGCUGGCCUGGGCCUGGGCCAGCCCCUGCUCCCAGGGCCCCCGCCCUUCCCGCCGCCCAGCGGGAAGAACCCCGUGAUGAUCCUGAACGAGCUGCGGCCCGGACUCAAGUACGACUUCCUCUCGGAGAGCGGUGAGAGCCACGCCAAGAGCUUCGUCAUGUCGGUGGUGGUGGACGGCCGGUUCUUCGAGGGCUCGGGAAGGAACAAGAAGCUCGCCAAGGCUCGGGCUGCCCAGUCGGCCCUGGCCGCCAUCUUCAACCUCCAUUUGGAUCAGACGCCGUCUCGCCAGCCUGUCCCCAGCGAGGGGCUUCAGUUACACUUGCCGCAGGUGCUAGCGGACGCCGUGGCGCGCCUGGUUCUGGACAAAUUCGGUGAUCUGACCGACAACUUCUCGUCCCCUCACGCACGCAGGAAAGUCCUUGCCGGGAUUGUCAUGACAACAGGCUCGGACAUUAAAGAUGCCAAGGUGGUAAGUGUCUCCACGGGGACCAAGUGCAUCAACGGCGAGUACAUGAGCGACCGGGGCCUGGCGCUCAACGACUGCCACGCGGAGAUCGUCUCGCGGCGGGCACUGCUGCGGUUCCUGUACGCCCAGCUGGAGCUCUACGUGAAUAACAAAGAUGAUCAAAAAAGAUCCAUCUUUCAGAAAUCAGAGCGAGGAGGCUUUAAGCUGAAGGAGAAUGUGCAGUUUCACCUUUAUAUCAGCACCUCUCCCUGUGGCGACGCCAGGAUCUUCUCACCACACGAACCAGUUCUGGAAGAACCAGCAGACAGACAUCCGAACCGGAAGGCGAGGGGGCAGCUGCGGACGAAAAUAGAGUCCGGCGAGGGCACGAUCCCCGUGCGCUCCAGCGCCAGCCUGCAGACGUGGGACGGGGUGCUGCAGGGGGAGAGGCUGCUCACCAUGUCCUGUAGCGACAAGAUCGCGAGGUGGAACGUGGUGGGCAUCCAGGGGUCCCUGCUGAGCCUCUUCGUGGAGCCGAUUUACUUCUCCAGCAUCAUCCUGGGCAGCCUGUACCAUGGGGACCACCUGUCCCGGGCCAUGUACCAGCGCAUCGCCGGCAUCGAGGCCCUGCCGCCGCUCUACAGCCUCAGCAAGCCCCUGCUCAGCGGCAUCAGCAACGCGGAGGCACGGCAGCCGGGGAAAGCCCCGAACUUCAGCGUCAACUGGACGGUGGGCGACGCUGCCCUCGAGGUCAUCAACGCGACGACGGGGAAGGACGAGCUGGGCCGUGCGUCCCGCCUGUGUUCCCUCAAACCUCCUACGCGCCAAGAUCCCCAAACCCAACAUGUACCACGAGUCCAAGCUGGCAGCCCGGGAGUACCAGCUGGCCAAGGAGGCCCUGUUCCGGGCGUUCUCCAAGGCGGGGCUGGGGGCCUGGGUGGAGAAGCCCCCCGAGCAGGACCAGUUCCCCCUCACGCCCUGACGGGGUGCAGCCGGGGCCGGGGCCGCCACCCCACACCGGCCUCCGGGCAGCGUCCUCCCCUCUGAAUCAUCCAGCAACUGCUUCUCAGCCCAUGUUAGAAAUUGAGUUCUACUGAGCAGGGCUACCUUAAGUUCAGGAAAAUAGAAAUUACUUUGCGUGACGUUCCUGAAUAAAUAAUCUAUUCAAAGUUAGGAAUGUGCUUUAUGAAGCAAGCAGUAAUGAGGUCAGGUCAGUCCUGUGCUGCACUGUUGUAACUGCAACAAAGGCUUGUACCGGUGGAGGCCGGAGGGCCGCCCGGGCCGGCUCUGGUUCCGCUCGUAGGUUCUGAGAACCGCCCCCCAGGACCCUCACGCUCGACGCGGUGACCCGGAGACCCCGGCCACGCUCCGUGCCCCGUGGACCGGAUCUCAGGCAGGACGUGUCUCCAGAGAACAAGACCCAAUCUGGUGGCCCCAGCCCCACUAGAAGCUUCUGUGCUCCGUGUAGGAUCGUGCCGGAGGAAACCCUCCCUCGGUUGACUUCCCAGAUAAUCAAAGGCAGAAGCGCGGCGCGUCCCACCCGGUGGAGCCCGGGAACCCACUGGCUGUGGAGGGGCUGGAGCCUGGGGCCACGCGGGCGAGCCCGGAACCCGCCUCGUCUUCCUCUUAGCCGGGAUGCCAAGGACCAGCCUUCACCAGAGGAGAAUAAACUCAGUUACAGGACGCUCAUUCUUGGGAAACCCCAUGGACAGCGUUUUUUACAAAUUAUCCUUUCCAGCUUUGUCAAAGACAUGUUGGAAAAAUGAAGUGCUCAGGCGUGAAAGCUGGAGGGAGAGGAGCCGCCGGCCAGGGGCGAGCUGUCCUCUCAGCGCCUCGGCCCGGGACGCCAGGCGGUGUCCGAGACGUGCUCGAUGGCUGCGCAGCAGGGGGCGGGGCGCUGCUGGCAUGGGGGCCCCGAGGACACCCCGAGACCUUCGAGCCCCAGCAGGACGUCCCGGUUCAGCCCACAGGGAGAGCCGGGUGCCUGGCCCCCGCCCGGGCAUGGGGAGGGGUCUCCGUCCCGCCAGCAAAGUGCACGUUCUGUGGUCCCCACGUGCCGUGAUCGGGCGGUGCCCGGUGGGUUCAGGGACGGUGCUCCUGGUGCAGCCUCCUGGAGAGCCGACCUCGCAGGGCAGAAGCACCAGCGCAGAGCAGAGCGCGGUGUCAGGCGGCGUGUCUGGCGCUGUGACCAGGCGUGUCAGCACCAUGCGUGGUCAGGAGCCUCCUCACACGUCCACACAGGCACCCGUGGGGUGUCCUCAUCCUGUGGAAGGAUGUGCUCCCCUGUAAAGGCGUGUCCUCCCCUGUGAAGGUGUGUCCUUCCUAAUGUGCUCCCCCUGUGAAGACAUGCUCCCUGCGAUGGCGUGUGCUCCCCCACGAAGGUGUCUCCUCCCCCUGUGAAGGUGUGCUCGCAGUGAUGGUAUGUGCUCCCCAUGAAGGUGUGUCCUCCCUAAUGGAGGCGUGUGCUCCCUUUGAAAGUGUGUCCUCCCCCUUUGAAGGCAUGUGCUCCCCAUGACGGCGUGUAUGCCCCCGUGAAGGUGUGUGCUCUCUCUUUGAAGGCAUGUAUUUCCCCAAGAAGGCUUGUGCUCCCUGGCAAAGGCGUGUCCUACCCAUGAUGGCAGGCUCCCCCUGUGAUUGUGUGUACUCUCUCACGAAUGUGUGUGCUUCUCCUGUGAAGAGGAGUGCUCCCUGUGAAGGUGUACCCUCCCUAAAGGAGGUGUGUCGUCCCCCUGUGAAGGCAUGUGCUCCCCGUCAGGGUGUGUGCUCCCUGCAAUGUUGUUUGCUACCCAUGAAGGCAUGUGCUCCUUCUGUGAAGGUGUGUGCUCCCUGCGAAGGUGUGUGCUCCCUGCGAAGGUGUGUGCUCCCCAUGAAGGUGUGUGCUCCUUCUGUGAAGGUGUGUGCUCCCUGCAAUGGUGUGUGCUCCCCAUGAAGGUGUAUGCUCUCUGUGAAGGUAUGUGCCCCCCGACUGCGUGUGCUCCCCCUGUGAAGGUGUGUGCUCCCCGUGAGGGUGUGUGCUUCCCGUGAAGGUGUGUGCUCCCUGUGAUGGUGUGCUCCCCCCGUGAAGGCACAUGCUCCCCCUAUGAAGGUGUGUGCUCCCCCUGUGAAGGCGUGUGCUCCCCAUGAAGGCAUGUGCUCCCCCCAUGAAGGCAUGUGCUCCCUGUGAAGGUGUGUGCCCCCCGACUGCGUGUGCUCCCUCACAGCUGCUGUGUGUGCUCCCCGCUGUGGUGCGCUCUGGGUGGAGGAGGUGGUCUUCAUGGUGCCUGUGUGUCUCCACUGUCCCUGGGGACUGGGCUCCCCCCCGGGGACCAGCAUCGGCUGAAACCAGCGUCUUCUCUCCCGCGGAAGGAGCAGCCGUCUCCGAGCUGGACGUGGGCUCGGGUGUGGGCGCCACGGUGGGGACUCGUCUCCUGGCACCGUGUGGCGCGUCCUUCCCCGUGGACAGGAGGGUCUGCGCCGUGCUGCCUUCUCCAGGGCCGGGUCCUGGAGCCUGUACGUCUCUGUUCUUGUGUUGAUAAAGUUCUAUUUUUUUCUAAUGGGGUCUGGGGGAGGGGCUCAGUGUUUAAAAAGUAACGUGGGUUUGGAUUAGAGUCCAGCGGAAUCGUGUUCUGUGUUGGUGGAAAAGCUGCGCCCCCGUGCGUCUGGUGCUUGCUUGCCUAGCAGCCGGUGCCCUCGUGCAGGGGUCUCCGUGGGUGCGCUGCCCUGGCCAGGGCCGGCGGCCUGUGGGUG